AUACAUCAGCACGCCAUCAACCAACAGCGCCAACUUGAGCUUGCAAUUUUGACAACAUUUGGAGGGCAAAUCAGUCAAAUCAUAACUUUUCGUAAAGGCCACAAGUAUCGGACCUUCGCUUGCACUUUUUAACGGAUGACCAUAAACAGUUGAGCCAGAAACAUAUAUUUCCACAUUUGCCCUCCUCUCCUCUGCUCCAAAACAAAACCUAACUGAAAGUCUGAAACCGAAAUACGGAAGCCGGCGAGAGAAAAAAAAAUGGUAUCGGACUUGGAACUUAUCGAGCGACUACAAGAGUUUCUACGGAAUUCGGACCUUAAUACCACCACCACGGGUAUCGUGCGAAGGCAAUUGGAGCAGGAUUUCGGAGUGGAUUUAUCGGAUAGGAAAGUGUUUAUUAGAGAGCAAGUCGAUUUGUUCCUUCAAAGCCAAUUCGAAAACGCUCAAGAAGACUGUGAAACCGUAGAAGAACAUGAAGAUGAUGAUGAUGAGACGGCUAAGGUUAAGUCAGAGGGAAGCGGCGCUUCUGAUGAGGAAGAGGCGGAAGAUGAUGAAGAAGCCAGUGAACGAAAGGGUCCCCGAAAAAGACGGUCUAACAAGCUUAAUAAUGAGGUCAAGAAACGAGGGGGCGGUUUUAACAAAUUGUGUAGUCUCUCUCCCCAACUUCGGGAAUUUUUGGGGGUGCCUGAACUGGCCAGAACUGAGGUUGUCAAGCAAACAUGGGCCUACAUUAGAGAAAAAGAUUUGCAAGACCCAAGUAAUAGACGAAAUAUUAUUUGUGAUGAAAGACUACGUGCCCUUUUUGGUGUAGAUUCAAUCAACAUGUUUCAAAUGAAUAAGGCCCUAUCUAAACACAUUUGGUCCUUGGAUUCAGAUGAUGUUGUUCAGACCAGGACGACACCAAAGGAAAAGCAACGAAAGCAAGAGAGAGAAGAAGAUGAGCCAACUAGAAAGGAAAAGCGACAGAAGGGAGGAAAAUCAGGUUUUCUUGCUCCUCUUCAACUUUCAGAGGCUCUAGUUAAGUUCCUUGGUACGGGAGAAAGUUCAUUAUCAAGGUCUGAUGUUAUAAAGAGAAUGUGGGAUUACAUAAAAGAAAAUAACCUCCAGGAUCCAUCUGACAAGAGGAUAAUACUAUGUGAUGAGAAGCUGAAAGAACUUUUCGAUGUGGAUUCUUUCCAUGGCUUCACCGUAACAAAACUUCUAGCAGUUCAUUUCGUAAAGAGCUAGCAUUGAGUUACUCGUAUGUUCACCUUGUUUAUCUCAAGAGAAAUGGGAGUUUUGCACUCGACCAGAACUAGAUUUAAAGUUUUGGACUCGUUCAUUUUUUGUUUCUUUAACUUCUUGUGUCUUUCACAACAGGGCUACCGGAAAAUCUAAAGUUCAAUUAAAUUCUUGUUCUAUUGAUCGAUCUUAUUGGAAAUUCUAGCGAGCCUGCCAUUUUUAGUAGAAAUGCGAAAGGAAAAGAACAAAUUUUGUGA